UUUAAGCUCACUUCGAACAGCCAUGUCACUUUGUUGCCAAAACCAUAUGAAGCAAAUGUGCACCUUCAUCCUGCUGUACUUAAAGAAGGUGGUAGCUCCAUACAGUGCCUGAAGCUUCUGAAUGGUACUUGCAAAGGGGAACGUGUAAGCUCCAGGAAGCUUAAAAAAAUAAAAAUAAAAAUCACCAUGAAGCUAUAUGUAUUUCUUGUCAACACUGGAACAACCCUUACAUUUGACACCGAACUUGCUGUACAGAAUGUGUCUGACCUUAAACAUGCAAUCCAAACAAAAUAUAAGAUUGCUAUUCAGCACCAGGUACUGGUUGUCAAUGGAGGGGAAUGUAUGGCACCAGACAGAAGAGUCUGUAGUUACAGUGCUGGAACAGACACGAAUCCAAUUUUUCUAUUCAACAAAGAGAUGAUCUUAUGUGAACGUCCACCUGCUAUUCCCAAAACUACGUUUUCAGCAGAGAAUGAAAUGGAAUUAAAGGUUGAAGAAUCUCUUAUGAUGCCUGCAGUUUUUCACACAGUAGCAUCACGGACACAGCUUGCUGUGGAAAUGUAUGAGGUUGCCAAGAAGCUUUGCUCCUUUUGUGAAGGUCUUGUCCAUGAUGAACAUCUUCAGCAUCAAGGCUGGGCUGCCAUAAUGGCCAAUUUGGAAGACUGCACACAUUCUUACCAAAAGCUGCUUUUCAAGUUUGAAAAUGUAUACUCAAGCUACCUGCAAUCUAUAGAUGAUAUUAAGCUGAAACUCACACACUUGGGGACGGCUGUUUCUGUCAUGGCCAAGAUCCCGCUGCUGGAGUGCCUAACCAGACAUAGUUACAGAGAAUGUUUAGGAAGACUGGAAUCUUCUACUGACCACAGAGGGGAAGACAGUGAAGGAACUGAGGAUGGAAAGUCUGCGGAACUAGUUCUUUUUUCUGAUAUUCCUAGAACGAACAUUAAAUCAGUGGUAGCCUCAUUUUGCAGGUCAGUGGAGCAUUCAGCCCUGGACAGCGCAGCUCCUGAAAAUAUCACAGACAAUAAAGAAUCCAGUCAAAACAGUACUAUUCAGGACAAUGAAACUUCAUUGGAACUGAAGGAGAAUGAUCAACCUUCCUUCAAUGUCUCUCUGUUAGACUGGAUAAAUGUUCAGGAUAGGCCUAAUGAUGUGGAAUCACUGGUCAGGAAAUGUUUUGAUUCUAUGAGCAGGCUUGAUCCAAGGAUCAUUCAGCCCUUCUUGGCAGAAUGUCGACAGACUAUUGCCAAACUGGAUAAUCAGAACAUGAAGGCUAUUAAAGGCCUGGAGGACAGGCUGUAUGCGCUAGACCAGAUGAUAGCUAGCUGCAGCAGACUGGUAAAUGAACAAAAAGAACUUGCUCAGGGAUUUUUGGCUAACCAGAAGAGAGCUGAGAACUUGAAAGAUCCUUCUGUGCUACCUGACUUAUGUUUGAGUCAUGCAAAUCAGCUGAUGAUUAUGUUAACUAAUCACAGGAAACUGUUAGAUAUUAAGCAAAAAUGUACCACUGCCAAACAAGAGCUUGCAAAUAAUCUACAAGUUAGGCUAAAAUGGUGUUGCUUUGUAAUGCUUCACGCUGACCAAGAUGGGGAGAAACUGCAAGCCUUGCUUCGCCUUGUGACAGAAUUACUAGAAAGGGUCAAGGUGGUUGAGGCUCUCAGUACUGUUCCUCAAAUGUACUGUCUGGCUGUGGUUGAGGUUGUGAGGAGAAAAAUGUUCAUAAAACACUACAGGGAGUGGGCUGGUGCUUUAAUAAAAGAUGGGAAACAUCUGUAUGAAGCUGAAAAGGCAAAAAGGGAAUCGUUUGGGAAAUUGUUUAGGAAAUCUUUUUUAAGGAAUCGUUUGUUUAGGGGACUUGAUUCCUGGCCUCCAUCCUUUUGUACACACAAGCCUCGCAGAUUUGAUAGUGAGCUUCCAGAUAUCUCAUUAAAUGACUUGCAGUUUCUGCAGUCUUUUUGUCCUUCAGAAGUACAACCAUUACUCAGGGUUCCUAUACUUUGUGACUUUGAACCUCUUCACCAGCAUGUACGUGCACUACAUAACCUGGUGAAAGCAGCCCAGAGUUUGGAUGAAAUGUCUCAGACCAUUACAGAUCUACUGAACGAGCAAAAGGCCUCCAACAGUCAGACAUCACCACAAUCUGCCACCACGCCAAGGAUGGAAAGUACAACAGGAAUCGCAACUGCUACCUCUUCUAGAACACCUCCAUCACUCAGUCUUCAGGGUCCUCUGUGUACUCCUGUGUGUCCCCCUGCUCCAUUAGAGGAAUUGUCUCCAGAUAGUAUUGAUGCUCAUACAUUUGAUUUUGAAACGAUUGGCCAUCCAAGCUUAGAACAGGCCCUUAAGCAAGGGUCUUUAGAUUUGGAUUCACUAGCAGAAAGUCCAGAAUCGGAUUUUAUGUCAGCAGUGAAUGAAUUUGUAAUAGAGGAAAAUCCAGUAUCCCCCAAUAUAAUAAGUGAUCCACAAAGUCCAGAAAUGAUGGUAGAGUCCCUCUAUUCUUCGGUUAUCAAUGCAAUAGACAGCAGACGCAUGCAAGACACAAAUAUUUGUGCAAAAGGAGGCUUAGUGGAAAAUGCUUCUCUAAAUAUUUGUAUGGACAAAUGUAGAGUUAUUGCCCAGGAAUCUCAAACAAACUUAAAGAACAUAAAAGAAGACCUUUGCCACUUUAGAGUACUUGUACAAAAAGAACAAUGUGACUUUUCCCAUUCUUUAAAAUGUACUUCAGUAGAAAUAAGAAAUGUUAUUGAAAAAGUAAAACUUUCACUUGAAAAAACACUAACUGAGAAACAUCAAAAAGAAUUGCAGUCUCUGAAAAGUGAAUAUGAAACUAAAGUUAAUAAAUUACUGGAAGAUGGUGAGGAAAACGAAAAAAAGAUUAAAAAAUUAAAAGAAGACUUAGUAGGCCUUGAAGAAGUUCUGCAAAAUAAAGAUCAUGAAUUUGCAGUGGUGAAGAAUGAAAAAGAAUCUGUUGUUCACCUACAAAAUGAGAAAGAUCAGAAGAUGCUUGAAUUAGAAUGUCAGAUGAAGAAUCAAAAUUAUGAACUUAAGGAACUCAGACAUUCUCAUGAGAUCGUACUAGAAGAUAUGAAAAGGCUUCAUCUUGAAAAUGAUGAAAAAAUACAAGUUUUGAAGGCAGAGUUUCAGAGUCUUGAACAAAGUCACCUAAAAGAAUUGGAAAACAAUUUACAGAUCAGGCAUACCCAAGAAUUUGAAAGGAUAGUAUCUGAGCACAAAGAUUGUUUAGAUGAGUUAAAAAAAGAAAACUUGCACAGACUUGAACAAAUGCAGGAAUCUCAUGCUGCAGUUGUGCAAGAGAAGGAAAAACAGGUAGAAGAGUUAAAACUCAAAGUUUCUGAUCUGUCUGAUUUGAGAUGUAAAUUAGAAGUUGAACUUGCAUUGAAGGAAGCAGAAACAGAUGAAAUGAAGAUGAUGUUAGAAGACAGCAGAAUCCAGCAACAGGAGACCAUCAAGUCACUUAUUGAUAAAGAAACUGAAAGUUUAAGAAAAGAGAUAGAUGCAUUAAAUCUCAAGUUACAAAUAAAUAAUGACGAAUAUCAAGUGGGCUUAGCAGAGCUAAGAACUUUAAUGACAAUUGAGAAAGAUCACUGCAUUUCAGAAUUAGUGAACAGGCAUGAAGAAGAAUCAAAUUUGCUUAGAACUGAAUUAAGCAAAAUAACCUCUUUACAUCAGGAAGCUUUUGAAGAAAAAAAGAGACUCAAAGAACAAAUAAUAGAACUGCAAAGUAAGUUAGAAACUGAAGAGAAUGCCCUAGAAAAGGAAAAGGAGAAAAAAAUGGCUCUGUGUGAACAACAGGAAAAAUAUGAGGCUGUUAUCCAUAAACUUGAGGAGGAGAAAGUACUGUUAAUAUCUAACCAGGAGGAUGAUAGACAAUUGCUUAUUCAAAAGCUCAGUUGUGAAAAAGAGGAUGCAGUGCAAAUUGCCCAUAAAGAGUUUGAAUUGCAGAGGGAAGCUGUUGAAAAAGAGCUUUUGGAAAAAAUACAACAACUUGAGAUGAAAGUAAAUCUGAGUCCCCCUCUCGAAUUGUCUUCUGAAUCAAGCUUAGUUGCUAAACUUCAAGAAGAACUGAAAGAAGAGAAAAUGAAAUUUUUAGAGCAACUUGAAGAGCAAGAGAAAAGGAAGAAUGAAGAAAUGCAAAACAUUAGAACCUCUUUAACUGCAGAGCAACAGACCAAUUUUAACACAGUUCUGACGAGAGAAAAAAUGAAAAAGGAAAACAUAAUAAAUGAUCUUAGUGACAAGUUAAAAAUGCUAACCCAACAGCAAGAAAGGGAUAAAGAUUUGAUUGAAACACUUUCUGAAGAUCGGGCUCGUUUACUUGAAGAAAAGAAAAAACUUGAAGAAGAAGUUAGUAAACUGAGAAGCAGUAACUUCAUUCCAUCAGCAUAUCUACCUGCAGGAUCAGAAACUUGUGGAGCCUGUGCAUCUGAUCUUGCAUCUGAAACAGACAGAUUGGCUUCUGAGAUUGUAGCUGAAGGAAAAAUGGAUUCCACCAUGGAAACUAGUAUGAUGGCUGUGCAUGAAAACAUCCAUAUAUCUGAAGAAAAACAGAGGAUAAUGUUGCUAGAAAGAACAUUGCAGCUGAAAGAAGAGGAGAAUAAGCGGUUAAAUCAAAGAUUAAUGUCCCAAAGCAUGUCAUCUGUUUCUUCAAGACAUUCUGAAAAAAUAGCUAUCAGAGAUUUUCAGGUUGGCGAUUUGGUUCUCAUAAUCUUGGAUGAACGCCAUGACAACUAUGUGUUGUUUACUGUUAGUCCAACCUUGUAUUUCUUGCAUUCAGAAUCUCUUGCUGCGUUGGAUCUCAAACCAGGUGAGUGUGCUUCAGGUGCAUCUAGAAGACCUUGGGUGCUAGGAAAGGUAAUGGAAAAGGAGUAUUGCCAGGCAAAAAAGGCACAAAACAGAUUUAAAGUUCCUUUGGGUACAAAAUUCUACAGAGUGAAAGCAGUGCCGUGGAACAAGAAAGUAUAACCCAGUGGAAACUCAGUUCUUUGUUUCAUUCUCUUCAGACGUGUCCUUCAGUGCUCAUUCAUCACUACAAAUACCAUGCCAUCUUUUUUAUACUGAGGUCAUGUGACAAUAAACUUCACUGAUGUACUACUUUUACUUUUUAACGGGUUACAUUUUAGAAACAAGAAUUUCAUCAAAAUACCUGGCCCUAACUGUUCCAAUUUUUUCACCCAGAUAACUUUAGUACUGUGGACCAAAUGAGUUCAUUUUCUCAAAGGGCAACCCUGUACAUCGUGGCUUAUUAUUAGCCAUGUUAAAUGCCUGUUAAAUAAACAUUAGCUCGUAUUUAGAUGUUCAAUGUUAGUUACCAUUAUUACCAGCAUAUGUCCCUUUGUGAAAUCAUUAUCAAAGUACUUGCACUCUUUAACAGAUUCUUUAUAAUAUGUAUAAAUUCAACUAUUUAAGAGGAGUGUUCAUUGCAUGCAGAUAAUCAUAUAAUUUUUCUUCAACAUGAGUUUGCCUCUGUAGAUGCAUAAAGAUAACUACUGCAAGUUGUUUCAUUACCUUAAAAUGCUCUUUAAUGUUUAAAAAAAAAAAAAAAAGAAGAAAAACUUGUAAUUUGAUGGGCUGAUACAGAAAUCAGUCAAGGUAAAUCUGCAAUCUUCAAAAGCACUUUCGAUGGAUUGAUCACACAGAUUCUGAAGGGAAGAACCCUUGUGCUGUUGGAUUUGAAUUGAAGCACUUGAAACUUCCCAACAAAACAGAAGUCUUGUAUUAAUCUAUUUAGAAAAAUCAUAUUGAUGAAAUUGUAUUUCAUGGUUGAGUUUCAGGAAAAAACUCCAUUGUACAUUAACCAUACAAGAGUCAUUUAAGUAACAAAUUAUUGUAAUUGUAAAAGACAUGUAGAAUUUUAAAACAAUAAAGAUUUGAACCUGUA